CAUGCGUGGAAACCCAAGCUGCUGUAAGAAGACCUUUAAUAAGGGGUCUUGGAGUGCUACUGAAGACAAGAUCCUCACAGACUACGUCAAAGCUCAUGGAGAAGGGAGGUGGGGAAAGCUUCCCAAAAGUGCAGGCCUGAAUCGAUGCCCGAGGAGCUGCAGGCUCCGUUGGCUGAAUUAUCUGCGCCCAGAUAUCAAGAGGGGAAACAUAUCUCAUGAAGAAGAAGACCUCAUCAUCAGGCUUCAUAAUCUCCUGGGGAAUAGGUGGUCUCUCAUAGCUGGAAGACUACCCGGUCGAACAGACAAUGAAAUCAAGAAUUACUGGAACACAGUCCUAAGGAAGAAGGUAAAAGCUUGCUCAGUUGGAUCGAAGAAGAUCAUGCAUUCAGACAAAGAUGAAGAUGGGAGUAGUAAGAGCCAAGAAAAGGUUAUAUGUCAAGAAUUUGAGAAUUCAACCAGCUGCAAUGACGCUUCUGUGAGCAGUCAGCAUGAUGAUAGAAAUAUUUGUAAAAAGGAGUCCAAAAAAUCAGUGGUAAGUGGAGAAAUUCAUUUGGAUACCUAUUUCUUAGGACCUGAAGAUUGUGACCCAGUGAUGGCUUCAGUGAUUGAGGAGUCCUGCACAAAACACCCUCUGGACAUAGACUUCUCCGAGAUCUUUGGGGACAAUCUCCAAAAAGACAUGAGAAUUUGGGGUAUUGUUGAUGCUCCUGAGCCCCAUGAUAUUAUGUUAUUUAGCAAUGGAAUAUCUGACAGCUGGUUUAAUGGGGAUGACAUACAACUAUAUGGUGGUAUCAAUCUUGAAUCAUUCACUACACUAUUCCCGUCUGAAUCAGAAUUUCUGGGCCUGUGAAGUGACAUGGUUCAGAAGUGAUAGCUCCUUCCCAAAAAAGUAAUGCCCCAAGGAUGUUGGUAUCAUAUGAUAGUAUAUAUUUUGUCUCUUUUGUUGCAAAAAAAUUACUGUUUGAAAUAAAUCUAUUGCACUUUGUUCUCACCUUUGUUAACUUCAAAUUGCCGUUUGGCUGCUCAAACUGGUAAUGAAAGCAAAGAUGCAAG